CUCAUAAAACGAUUCCUCAAAUCUGAAGCAGCAGAGGUGAUGAUUUUCAGGACAAAAAAUAUAAUAAGAAGCUUAUUCACCUUAGCAGAAAGCAGCCUCAAACAAACAACAAAGCUACCUCCUAUAUUUUCCACUAAAAUGGAAGGUACCAAGCCUUUCAAGAAGGAAAAAUAUGAUGGUCGAACGAAAAAGCGACAGUGGGAAGACAGAAGAACAGAUAAAGGGGAAGGGCUGCAAAUUAAAAGUGAUGACCCAAAAAAAGUUAAAGUUGAAAAUGAUCAGACUGAAAAAGUGGUAGAUAAGGUGAAACGUCGAAAAUUUGCACUACUCAUGGGGUACUCAGGUGCAGAAUAUUAUGGUAUGCAAAGAAAUCCAAACACUAGAACCAUAGAAGAAGAUUUGUUCAAAGCUUUAUUGAAAACUGAAUUGAUCAAUGAAGAAUGUUAUACCCAAGUACAGAAUAUGCAAUUCCAAAGAGCAGCAAGAACAGAUAAAGGUGUAUCAGCAGUUAGACAAAUAGUCUCACUCAAAUUAGGUGAAAAUAUUGAUCUUGCAAAAAUAAAUGCUGAACUGCCAGAUGUAAUAAGAGUUUUUGCUUUCAAAAGAGUAACCAAAGGGUUCAACAGUAAAUCACAAUGUGAUGGUCGUACUUACAUCUAUGUUCUACCAACUAUAGCAUUUGCUCCAAAAGACAAAAAUGUAAAUCAAAAAGAAUUUAGACUAGAUGAUGAGACAUUUGAUAAAAUAAAUGAGUUGUUGAAACAUUUCACUGGGACUAAGAAUUUCCACAAUUACACUUCAAAAAAGAAACAGAAUGAUCCUAGUGCCAAUAGGUACAUGAAAUCAUUUAUUUGUGAGAAACCAUUUGUUAAAAAUGAGGUGGAGUUUGCAGUUUUGAAAGUUCAUGGACAAAGUUUUAUGAUGCAUCAAAUAAGAAAAAUGGUUGGAUGUCUCUUGGCUGUUGUAAGGGGAAGUGCAAAUGAAGAAGUUAUGUUGAAUUCAUUCAAAGCUGAAAAAAUCAGUAUUCCUAGAGCCCCAGGAUUAGGACUUGUGCUGGAAUAUGUGCACUAUCCAAGAUAUAACUAUAGAUAUGGUGAAGAUGGUAUGCAUGAAAAAUUAACAUGGGAAGAUGUAGAGGAUCAAGUCAAUGAAUUCAAGGAGAAAUUCAUUUUUCCAACAAUCAUUGAUAAGGAAAUUCAGGAAGAACAGAUGCUGUAUUGGAUACACAAUAAACUGUCUAGACACUCUUAUGACCAAGAAGAGGAAAAUGAGAGUGAAGAUGAAGGUGCAGGGGAUGAUGAAGAAAUAAUAGAGAAUGUAAAGAAACCUGAAGAAGAUUCUAGCAGUGAUAGUAAAAAUAAAGUUGAGAGUAUUGAGAAAUCCUAA